AUGGAUAUGAUGCCGGAAAUAGACCCAUUUUCUAUCACCCUUCAAUUCGAAUUAGCAAAAGCAAUGUCUCCUUGCAUAAUAUGGAUUCCAAAUAUUCAUGAUCUGGAUGUGAAUGAGUCGAAUUACUUAUCCCUCGGUCUAUUAGUGAACUAUAUCUCCAGGGAUUGUGAAAAAGGGUCUACUAGAAAUAUCCUUGUUAUUGCUUCGACUCACAUUCCUCAAAAACUGGAUCCCGCUCUAAUAGCCCCGAAUCAAUUAAAUACAUGCAUUAAGAUACGAAGGCUUCGUAUGCCACAACAACGAAAGCACUUUUUGACUCUUUCAUAUACUAGGGGAUUUCACUUGGAAAAGCAAAUGUUCCAUACUAAUGGAUUCGGGUCCAUAACCAUUGGUUCCAAUGUACGUGAUCUUGUAGCGCUUAUCAAUGAGGCCCUAUCGAUUAGUAUUACACAGAAGAAAUCCAUUCUAGACACUAAUACAAUUCGAUCCGCUCUUCAUAGACAAACUUGGGAUUUGCGAUCCCUGGUAAGAUCGGUUCAGGAUCAUAGGAUCUUUUUCUAUCAGAUAGGAAGGGCCGUUGCACAAAAUGUACUUCUAAGUAAUUGCCCUAUGGAUCCUAUAUCUAUCUAUAAGAAGAAGAAAUCAUGUAACGAAGGGGAUUCUUAUUUGUACAAAUGGUACUUCGAACUUGGAACGAGCAUAAAGAAAUUAACGAUACUUCUUUAUCUUUUGAGUUGUUCUGCUGGAUCGGUCGCUCAAGAUCUUUGGUCUCUACCCGACCAGAUGAAAAAAAUGGGAUAA